GGUACUUUUCUCUAUUACCACUCCCGGCAGUGCUGUUUUAAAGAUUAAAUUAGAUACCGUAAGUAGAGUACUCAGGACAGUGUCUGACCCACUGUAAUUGCGCAAGCUAUGUCACCUCCUCCCCUACCCCCCAUCCUCCAAAUGCAGAUUCUGGGUCCCUCCAAGCUGGUUUCCACAGGGUAGUGCUGAUGGCCCCUCUGCUUUAUCUCCCUAACCAGGCGGGGGGCUCCGUGAGACAAGGCUAGGGUAGCCAGCAAUGGGAGUGGACCAUCAAAGGGCUGGAACAUAGUAGGACCUCAGCACCUUGCCAGGGAGUGAAUGCCUGCCCCCCAAGGACCUGGCAAACAGUGGGUGUCCAAAAAUUACUCAUUUGAACAGACAUCUGAGCACACAGCCACAUUAGUGAGGCCCCAUCCCACCCAUCCAGGAAGAGGUUUGACCAGACAUGGGGCACCGAGGGGCAAAUUAUUGGCCAAGAGACCCACGUCCUGUUCACUGCACCCCAAUUUAGAUUGGGAGUUCAAGCCUCCUCCAGACCGGGCAGAAGAUGCUCCCCUCCCUGCAGCCCCCUCUCUCUCCCUCUCCGGGUGGAUUCUCCAGGCCUCAGGCAGGCAAUGGAAUGUUGUGUCGUUGGUUGCCCGGGCGACCGAGGCUGGCUGGGUGGCUGCCUUCCGGGAAUACUGAGCGUGCAAACCCUCCAUCAGAACCCUCCAGGGCCUCCUCUAGGCUAGUGCAAACUCCAGAAAGAAAGCAAGCCUGGGGCAAUUGCCAGGAGAAUGGCAGUGCCCUGGGAGAAAUAUUUCCGACUGGCCUUGCAAGAGAAACUGUCUACGAAGAUCCAGGGGCAGAAUGUGGACCACGUCCCACCGCCACUGCUGCGUCUCUUGGAGAAGAGGCAGGAACUGGUGGAUGCGGACCAGGGCCUUCAGGCCCAGAAGGAGGUGUUCCAGACUAUGCAGGCAUCCCUGAAACAGCAGUGGGAACAAUUGGAACAGAAAGAGCAGGAGUUAAAGGGGUCCUUUGUCCGCUUUGAAAAAUUUUUGCAGGAUGCGGAGGCCCGGGGCAGCCGCGCACUGCGGAGGGCGGCGGAGGAGCGGCAACUGGCGGGCCGCCGGGAGGCGGAGGCGCUGCGGCUUCGGGCUCAGCUGGAGGAGCUGCAGCGGGAGCGCGCGCGGCUGCAGCGCCUGCUUUGGCGCCUCGAGCCUUGCGCGCGCCUGCUGGGGCAAGUACUGGAGCAGCUGCCCGAGUUCCAAGAGGUCCCCGAGCUGAUGGCGCGCUUCGACGGCCUGGCCGACACGCAGGCGGCGCUGAGGCUCACGGAGCGCCAGCGGCUCGCGGAGCUGGAGGAGGCGCGCGCGCGGCUGCGGCGGCUGCGGGACACCUGGCAGGACGAGCUGCUGCGGCAGGGCCAGCGGCGAGCGCAACUGCUGGAGCAACUGGAGGCGGCGCGGGAGCGCACGCUGCACUGGGUACCGCCGCCGGGAGGAGGGGGCGGUGUUUUCCAGGAAUCCAAGUAUAUUCAGAUCCAGAACACCGCGGCUGAGAAGACCCUGCUCCUGGGACGCACCAGGAUGGCCGCACUCAACCUGUUCCAGCUAGUGUGCCAGCACCAGAGGCGCCCACCUGCCCUGGACAUCGAGGACACCGAGGGGCAGCUGGAGCAGGUGAAGCUCUUCAUCCUGGACCUCUCCGCCAUGCUGGCCGGCCUCCAUCAGGCCAAGCCCGCCGUCCCUGCCUCCUGA